AUGUCUGACUAUUACUUCAUGUCAAUUGCAUUAAAACUUGCAGCAAAUGCGUUGGGAAAUGUAGCACCUAAUCCUGCUGUUGGUUGCGUCAUUGUAAAAAAUAAUGCGGUAAUUGCUGAGGGGUGUACUGGUGUUGGUGGACGCCCGCAUGCAGAGGUAGUUGCACUGGAAAACGCUCAGAAUUUAGCUUGUGGUGCAACUAUGUAUGUAACUCUUGAGCCGUGCUGUCAUUAUGGAGUUACAGGCCCUUGCACUUCAGAAAUUAUAAAAUCAGGAAUAAAAAGAGUAGUAGUCGCGACUACUGAUCCCGAUGAAAGAGUCUCAGGUAAAGGAAUAGAGAUACUGAAGGAGUCCGGAAUUGAAAUCACACAUGGAAUUAUGCAAGAAGAAGCAGAAAAGCUAAACGUGGGUUUUUUCCUAACUAAAAAAUCACAUAGACCAUUUAUAACUUGCAAGGUUGCUUCAACUCUGGAUGGGAAAAUUGCAACAUUUACAAAUGAAAGCAAGUGGAUUACAAGUGAAGAUACGAGAAACUGGGUACAUAAAUUAAGAACUAAAUAUGAUGCAAUUAUGAUCGGAAGCAACACUCUUGUUCAAGAUGAUCCACUUUUAACUUGUCGACUGCCUGGACUUGAAGAUAAGUCACCAAUAAGGAUUAUUAUAGACGGCCAAGCACAGUUGAGAAAAGAACACAAUAUCGCAAAAACUGCUGAUAAAGUAAAGACCUGGGUCAUUACAAACAGUGAAAUAGUGGAAGAAAUAAAGAAUAUUAACUACUUAGCAGUUAAUUCAAACAAAAAUGGUAAAGUUUGUUUAAAAGACAUGAUGCAAAAGCUUAUUUCAGAGAUUGGAAUAACUAGAGUGUUGGUAGAAGGAGGAGGCAUAUUAAUUACAGAAUUAUUAAAACACAAGUUGAUUGACAGACUAGUAAUAUGCCGGAGUGGUAAAAUUCUAGGCAAUGAUUCUAUACCUUUUAUAGGUAAUCUUGGAAUUCAGUCUAUUAAUGAGUGUUACAAAUUUAAAAAAGCGGAAGUUAUAAACUUAAUAGAUGAUAUAGUGGAAAUAUGGGAUCACGAGUAUUGA